AAGUCACAUGAUUUGUAUAUUUUGAUGUCUACAGGUGGCGCUGUUCGUUAACAAAGGGCGGAUAACUCUUAAUGAACUAAAAUGUCUGCUCUACUGAGGUCAUCAAGAGAUGUAUUAUGCAAGACCUGCAAGCAGUUGAUUGUACUUGCAAGUCGACCUAAUUCUAACAAGGCAGCCAUAUGCCGGAUAAACAGGUUUAACUACGCCAGGACCUACCCGACAAUGGUUGUGCAACCUGACGGAUCAACACUAACUAUAAGAUACACUGAACCAAGGAGAAUCAUAAAGCUUCCUUUGGACCUGGAAACUUUGUCUGAAGCUGAUCGACGGAAGCGAUUGCAAAGAAUGAAGCCAAAGAAGAAGAUUGUGAUAGAAGAUGAGAUAGAGGACGAUUUUGAUGCUGAUAGAUACAGCCACUUGUGGAAGAAGAAGUAACAGAUGUCUUCCAUGUAUUGUCAGUGUGUGUGUGUGUGUGUGUGUGUGUGGCUGUAUAAGGCUGAAGAAAACAAGUGGGACAACAGUGGAGAUCUGUACAAGUGACCAUGCAGACGAACAUGUGUACUUUAGAAAUAGUGUAUUGUGUAUACUUCAUGAAGUGACAGUCUGUAAAAAAAAUUAAAAAAUUCUAACAUUU